UGGUUCCCUUCACUUCCUGUUAGAAUUAUGCUCAACAGAAACAGCUACAUGUGAAAGACAGACAAAAAAACCCCCGAACACUAUUUCAGUAGAGCGAGAAAAAUGGACGACUCCUCAACCGUCUGAACCCUCCUGCAUGAGAUGGCUCAAUAGGCUCGAGGCGGCACGACAGCCGGAGGAGCUGCCAUGGACGUCCUUUCCCUCAGUGGAAUACAGCUCUCCCCAGUGAAAGAAUUUGACCAAAUGGUGGAGGUCAGAGCAGAGAAACGCGAGCAUUUACGAGGACGUAACAAUGUGACUUCGUGCCGGAGCCCCACGAGAGAAUUAGACACAGCACUGAUAAAGAGAGAACUAAAGCAAAAAAGGCAGCUGGAGUUUUUGAGGAGGAGAUCAGUGAGCCCAGAGCCGAGCAGCUCAAAGCCUAUGGACCUUUCUUCCAGGAGAAAACGUUCUCAAAUCAGGUUUUCGACUAAACAUUACAUUUGUAGCAGCAAGUCUGAGACGCUGCAUACAAAUAUGCAAAGUACCCCCACUGUCAAUGGACAUCCGGUGAUGAUUUCAGCACCAAAUAGAAGCACAACUGACGAUCCAAGCACCAGCAAAUGGGCUUCAUUAUGGUCAGAACAGAUAUCCCUGAUGAAGCAAGAGAAAGGUCAUGCAGUAAAGAAAGCAUCUACCUCGAUACCGGUCAUCCAGGAAUCAAGCCAGCACCGGACGAAAAGCACACAUAGAAAAGACAACGGCAUUAACUUACAAAAGACAAGCACCAAAACAUUCAUCCAAACCGAAAAGAUUCACCAAAAGAAGAUACUGCGAGAGGCUGGUGUGCAGUCAGAGUCAGGCUUUGUUACCGUCAAGGAAUCAGAUAUUCAGAGAUUAGCAGACUACUUGCAGGAGGCCCUGUGGAGGGAGGAGGCCUUGAAGAAGAAACUGGCAUCCCUCCAGGAGAGCACGACAAACCUUGUGAACUCUUCAAGCAAAAUAUGGACAUCUCGCUGCACUGAAGAUCUGCUGAGAAACAAGAUCAAGACUCUGGAGGCACAGCUGCAAGUCUGUCUGCUGAAGUUUCCGAAAGAUGGAGUGAAGAAACUGGUGGUGCAGAUGGAGAAGCAGAGACUGAUGUAUGAGGAGAAGGCCUUGGUUGCCCUACAGAAAACCACGCAGGAGAAAACAGAAGCACUCAGCAAGGCUGAGACACUGCAGAAAGCGCUAGUUACAGCAAAAGCAGAGGCACUGAGGUGGCAGAGCCUUUAUGAGGAGCUGAAGCUGAGCUCUGGGCAGCUCAGGGAGAAUCAAUACCUCAGUAAUGAACAGCUGCAACAACUGCACAGCCAAGUGGAGCUGUCCAGAGCCAGAGAGGAUGAGCUGAGGGAGGAGGUGGUGUCAUUAAGGCAAGAAAAGCAGGAACUACAGUACAACAUUUGCCUGUUGGAGGAGAACAACCAAACUUUAAGAGAAGAAAUCCAGCACCUCAGAGAUGGCAGUGAUGAAAGCCAGGAUUUCAUGAUGCAGGAGAUUCUGACGUCACAGGAACCAGAGCCACAACUGACUGUGAGGAGAGACUCUCAGCUGGAGGAGCAUCUCCGGCACACUCAGGAGAAACUGCAGCUCAAGGAGAAAGAGUGUGAGGAGCUGCGGUCGGACCUGCAUGCUAUGGAGCAGGAGUGUCAGUCCAGCCAGGCCCGGCUGUCGCAGUGCAGAGACGAACUCCGGCAACUCAGCCACCGCCGCAGGAGAACAAUGCCAUGCGGCUCCUGGUGGAAGCUGUGUUUGAUCUUCCUGCUGCUCUUCGCUGUAGCAGGAGCUGCCAUGUUGUGGUUGUGGCAUCCCGACUUCAGGGAGCAAGUUGAAGACCUGUACUCCGACAUAGAGACACGUAUCGAAGACUAUCUCAUGGAAAUGGCCUCUCCUCGACACUCGGGCUGUUUUAGACCGAUAUGAUAAUGUCACUGCUCAGGAACAUGUAGUUUUUGUUGUUGUUGCUUUUGUUUUGAAAUAAGAAUUUUUUUAUAGAAUGUAGUUUGCUAAUAUUUGUGUAUUUUAUAUGUUUUGUGGACUGGGAACUAAAGUCUGUGUGAAGUGACAAAGUCGUGAGUAUCUGUGUGCAGAAUGUUCAGAAACAAGUGAACACAACAGCGCUUGUUUGUAAUGUUUGCAAGCUGUUUGCAGCUCACAGCGUUUUAAAAAACUGUGAGUCUAAAUGUCACAACAGGAGAAAAAUAAGAAAUGUCUUUUGUACUGUAAAUGGUUCAUUUAGUCAGCAGCACAACCCAGAAUUAUUAAAAAGACAGAUUUUAUGUGA